AUACCUGAAGUAUGUAACUAUGGAAAAACUCAUUAAUUCCUGAACAAUAAGAGGCUUGACAAGUUGAGUGGUUGGUAGUGGUUUGGGCCAUUUCCCAUGCAUGGCCUACUACUCAUGCAAGUUAAAUUUUUGCACGCACAAGUUGUUAUUUCACGAAGGCCACUACAUAAGAACAGCCUCACGCAUGGACGUUACUGCAUUUCGCCUGAAUGCAUGCCAAUAUGAACAUUUAUGUCCAUGCGUAUCAGCUACUUAACGUGCCAACGAAACGACUAAUUUCAGUUUUGUUAAGUUCAUAUUUUCUUUUCAGAUUUUAAUGCGGGUAAUGGCAUACUUAAGAGUAUUUUCUCGCUCUCUAUAAUUUCGCUAUAAUGACAGCUCACGCUUUGGUUCUUCUUUUUUUUUCUACGUUAUGCAAUCACAUAGAUUACAAUGGUUAUGAAAUGUAGAUGAUUUAUUUCAAGUGACGUGUCGUUUGUCGCUUCAUCCGGUGGAAGCCCUAGCUAAAUUUCACGCAUUUGGCACAUGCUUGUAAGCAGCGCUGUUUGCGCCACCUAUUCUGACGGCCAGAAGGCGCGUGAUUCGGCCAGCCACUUUCGGCUGAGCAAAGUUAAGGCUUUAACGCGCCAAGCAGCGCUAUGCGAUCGACGGAACGCUGCAAAGUGCACUGCUGGCAAGAUGUUUCGGCUAGAGCAUCCAACCAUAUCAAUGACUUCAUGGGUCAGUAUGCUGUAACGUGCGACUUUCAAUUCGGUAUUUUAAACCCUUAAUUGAAGCUACUACGUCAACACAGGGGAAACAUUCGGUGCGCGCAAGAAGGGUGAAAUAUUUACGCUGACCGACUUGUACAGAUGAAAUAGUAUACCAAAAAGCCGUCGUGGAGUUGUGCUCAUCUUAACCGAUGUAAACAAACUUCUACACAAGUUCGCGCUUUCUUUCUUUGAUCUUAUAUGCAAGACAAAACAUCUAAAUCCAAACGCCCACCAGAAACGCAGUGUCUAAGCGAAUGAGGUCAUGGACUACACAUUUUAUAAAUCCCUUUAGGGGUAUCUGCUUGAAACGGGCCUACACGCUUAUAUUUAAUUUCAUUGUGAAGUUAUGCCGCGUGGCAACCCAAGUAAAUUAAAAAAAAAGACCGAAUGAGCCCACAAUACGAUAUCCUAUCUUUCGCAGGCGUAUCCUUCCUCUACAAGAACUGUAACGUACGCGCCUGUACGAAUAUCAAAGUACAUUCGGUGCCUCCAUGCUGCGGAUCACGUGCGGUCACCUUCAAAGAAAAGAUGGAGAACAGCGUCAUGCAAAGACGCCACAAGAGAAACAGGCAAUAUUAUUUUCGCAAGAUUGUGCUAUACAAGCGCUGAAGCACCGUUCAAGACCGCGCGUCACCGCGUGAGCGUCCAGCGGAAUAACGCGGCGAAGGGUCAGCUACGACGCCGGCCACUGCGGUGCCGUCCCGCUGUCUCGCCUGGAAGCGCGUCCUCUACCACAAUUUUUUUUUUUCACUUUGGUACAACGCAAACUUGCGUUAACGCUCGCCGCCUUGCCUUCCUUAUACCCAUUGUAACUCGCCAAGGGUCGGUUCUUCCAAGCCCUCGCUGUUGCUUUUUACUUUCUUCUUUCACUCUACUGACCUCCUCUACCUCUUUCCUUCCCAUGAGCCCUUUCUUCGAUCACGAAACAACUGUAGUGCUGCAACGGGGCAAAGCACACUAAAGGGUGGACUGGCGCUGGCAAAAUAACGACUAAAGCGCCGCCGUGUCUCCCUCCGGCGGAUUUCCUCAGAAAAAAAGAGCAUAUCCAUGCGCUCUAACCGACCGAGUUUCACUGGCGGAGCCUUGUAGUGGUUACGGAGUUACGGCGACAAGUGCUUCACUAGUUCCGCACAGACUGUCACACAGAACGCUACAGGAGCCAGCCAUUUUCUAUGCCGGUAGUGGGUUUGGAAACUUUGCUCGCGCUUGUAGAUUGUUCCGGAUGUUCUGGGGCCAUCGCUAACAAGUUUGGCUUCGACGCUUAGGACGUUUCAUCCUGCGGUCACUUCUCAGAGAUUCCACCCGAAUGGAGCUGGAAGGACAGCACAACUACAACAAAGACUGUUGGCUACAGUUUCAAGAGGAAGCUAAUAUGUUGCCCAUGCAAACAAGCCUUCCGGCUUCAACAGACUGUGGUGAAGGCUCCGCAGACGGCCAAGUGAACCGCAUGACAACGCAGCACACGAGCAGUGCUCUGGCACCAGAACCAGCUGCUACUCCCAUGAGCUCCACAGCUCAGGUAGCUUACCUGUGUAAACACUGCGACUUUUCGUCAUAUUACUUCAGUCGUUUUGCUAAGCAUGUCAAAGAAUAUCAUCCUGGUAUUAAGGAAUACAGUUGUGCCAUUUGUAAGGUAACUUUUGCUGCACUUAGCCGCUACAAGACACACUAUGAUGAAUGCCAUGGACCUGCACAGAUAUCAGAGGAAAUUCAUGGUCAUACUGAAUUAAGUGGCCUAGAAUCUGGAGAAAGCUAUGCAGAGAGCUUAAAUAUGGAUACUUCAUUAGAACCGGAUGUUCUCGCACUUAGUGAUGAGGACAGGAUGUCAGAUUUGUGCAGGCUGCUUGAGGGCAAACACAGAUGUUCAAAAACAGUCGUGGAUACUGUUGUGAAAGGUGUAUCAAAUUUGUUUUAUGCGAAAGGCCUGCACUUUGAUGUUUUUAAUUUAAACAGUGACAAAGCACGAAAACGUUUGUAUGAAGCGAAUUGCAUCUACGUCAAACCCAAUGAGAUUGUUCUUUCAAAUGGUAGUCGGGCAUACUAUGUACCAUUGAAGUCCCUCUUGCAAAAUUUAUUCCGACAUCCUGAAGGAGCAGCUUACCUCCAGCGACGCUUUUCCUUUUCUGAAGAUGGUUUUCUCAGAGAUAUUUGUGAUGGCGUCAGGUUUAAGAGUCGUGCUGAGUUUAAGCAGGAGAAUGCUUUAGGGGUCAUGCUUUACUGUGAUGACGUAGAAAUUGCUAACCCUUUGGGAAUGAAGAGGGGGACAUGUGGAAAGCUUACACUGUUUUAUGUUACAUUUGCAAACUUUCCAGUUUCCAAAAGGUCGCAGCUGAAUUCUAUCUUCCUUCUUGCUGUUGCAAACUCAAGAGACCUGAAGACAUCAGCCACUAAAACUGAACUACUUCAGGAUUUUGUCGAAGCCAUGAAUGAGCUGGCAGGCAGAGGAAUUUCGGUCCAAGUGAAGGAAGGAGAGAUACGGGCAAAAGGGGGCCUGGUAGCAUUUCUGGGUGACAGUCUCGCAAGCAGUGCUAUAGCCGGCUUUAAAGAAUCUUUUUCACCAAAUGUGCGGUAUGCAUGCCGACGCUGUAAGGCACGCACUUGUGAUUUUCCGAAUAUAUUUUUACACUCAGAUUGUCCUUUGAGGACAGACAGGGAAAUUGAAGCCAAGGUGCAGCAGUUGCUCAGCACAGAAAACAAGGCUGAGCGGAAAGAGGUGUCAGCUUCUUCAGGUAUUAAAGGCCCAUCUGUGCUUGGUCUAGUUACAGGGUUCUCUUUAACUCGAGACGUGCUCUUUGACCCUAUGCAUAUUCUUCUAGAAGGAAUAAUACCCAAAGAAAUUUCUUUGUUUAUGCGUCACCAAAUACACACCCUUCGUUCAUUUAGUCGAAAACAACUAAAUGAUUCCUUAAAGGCAUUCAAGUUUCACCAUUCAAUCAGUACCAGUGAGUACCCACGCAUGUUCGAUGCGUCAUUACAGCUUGUGUCAUCAGCAAGUGCAACAGCCAUUCUUGUAGUGCACCUCCCGCUUAUUUUGAACAACAUUGUUUCUGUUAAUGUCUUGGGGCCGACAUACGAAUGCUUGAUUCUUAUUUGUCAAAUUAUGCAGCUGAUACUUUCUCCAGUUUUGAGCAUUGAUGCAUUGGGUACGCUCGAGUCGCUGAUUAUCAACCACCAAAAAUUGUUCCUCAGCUGUUAUGGGGAGCAAGCUUUCACGCCAAAGCUACACAUGUUGAUUCACAUGGUGGACCAGAUCAAGGAGUAUGGACCAGGCCACCAUCAUUGGACUAUGAGAUAUGAGGGGAAAAAUGCACUGCCUAAGUCCAAAAAGCUCUUCAAUUUCAAAAAUGUUCCGUUUUCAGUAAGCGAAUUUUUCCAGAUUAAUUUGUCCCAUUCAAUGUGGCAUGGGAACGGAGAAGCAAAAAUUAGCUUUCUUGAUGGCACAAAUGAAGACCAAAGCGGCAUACCUUACCCUUUGUCGCCUGCCUUCGUUCAAGCAGGCUUACCAGUUUCUUCACUAGAUUCUGUUGGCCAAUCAGUGCAAUCAGUAAUGUGUGACAAUGUUGUUAUUAAGGUGAAUGACAUUAUGAUGACUCAGACUGUAUCUGGUGAUGCCGGCUUUUUGAAAAUCACUGUUAUUGUCCAGUUUUUGAAACAGGUAUUUUUUGUAUGCCAUGUUAUGGUCAUGGAAGCUUUUGACACAAAUUUGAACUGUUUUGUUUUGAGGGCGACAAACCAUGAGUUAGUUGUGUCUAAAAAGAAAUUCUUGCUGUCUUGGCCUCUCUAUGUAUACAAGCACGACAGUGUUUUUUAUUGUUUGCCUCGGUAUUAUUCUUCCUUGCCGUAACUGUUGACCUGCCAUUUUUUAGCCAGGAUAACACUUUGUACUUAGCUGUCGUUUGGCUCUUCCAUCACCUGCUGUAGCUUGCAAGUACCCAUGAUUUUGUUAAGUGCAUUCAUAUAAGUUACUAGCAUAAAAUGUGUUUACGUUUCUAAUCAUUCUAGAAAAUGUCGCACCACAUUUUAGCUGUGAUUAUCUCGUUUAGUUUAAGUAACACAUUUUUAGCCUAAAUAAAAUUUGAAAUUUCAGCAGUGGCAAGCUUUUUCUAUAGCAUUCAUUUAAUAAGGGAUAUAGGAAUGACUGCUCAUGAAAGUAUUUCUGUUGUCAAACGUCCCUUUUAACAUUUUCUUAGGUGUUUUGUCUAAAUGAAAUAAAAUUUAUUACUAUGAACUUUUAUUUCUUUUAAUACUUGGUGUCAUUCAUUGUGUACAUUAUUCCAUCCAUAGGAAGCCACCAAGCAGACUUGUCGGAAGUGGGAUAAAAACUUUCUUCCCUCUUUCUCUGCAUACUUAAAUCCACUGCUCCAUGGCCAAGAAAUGCUUACUAUGGCACGCCGCCGCAUGACAGCACAGCUAAGAGAUGAGGUCAUUGAAUUCCUUGAGUGAGUAAAAUUUGCAUGGUCAUAUCCUGUGAGGCAUAUUCAUAAUUAGGACUCUCCCUGAGCAUUACGCAAAUUCUCUUUCAGAAAGAACAACUUGAUUAAAAGUUCUAACUCUGCUGUCAGAAGGUGGAACUACUGUGCCUUUGCAGAAGCUCUAAGUGACGCCUAUCCACGAAUGGUAUGGGAAACAAAAGGAACUGCAGCAGUUCAGCAGCUUGGAUGGGUGAGCUUGGUUAAAUCAUUCCUUAUGGUUGGAAUGAAAAAGCUUUGGUGGGCCAUUUGAUUGAAACAUCUGCUUGAUCACAAAAGCUUGCAUGAAGCAUAGGAGAGGAUCAAUUUAAUGUUGCGGCGGCUGUAUCUCGUUCACCAUAAGUUGGCCAUAGUUUUGCUACUUUUGCUACAGUGAGCACCAAGUAUAUUAAAAACCCCAUUUCCGGCUUGUAACCAUAGGAAAUAUACUUUGUUUUGUGGUAUUUGUAGAAAUCUGGCAGAUUUGUGGCUUUUUUAGGUUCGUAUUUAUUACUUGUCCACUUGCAGAGGGAGUUUAUGCAUUCAGUCAGCAGCACAAGAAAGACAAGAAAAUUGCGAAUGAAAUCCCUUUUGACGCUGACCUCAAACACUUCUGAACAAUCAAUUGAUAUCUCGUGCGAUGAAGCACAGCGUGAGUUGAAGGUGAGGGUCGCAGUUUUUAGUCAGCCUUGCAGGCCAUUUUUAUUUGAUGCGACAAAAGGCUUCCCAUUUUAUAUUAACACUCAGCACUGCAGAUAUGUCACUGUUCCACACGUAUAUUUGCUUGUCUUGCAUGUCAUUAAUUAAAUAAUGUGACCUAAUGAACAGGCAGUUGUUACAUAGCCCUUAUCUAAUAUGGCUUAUUGGUGCACAGGCGAUUUCAGAAAAUGUGACAGACCCAGAAAGAAUUGAUCUCUCCAGAAUGAACAUGUUGCUGCAUGCAACCAUUGAAGUACGGAAGAAAAAUCCAGUCGAGGAACUCCCUGUAUACUUUUUGAAUGCAGCUGUGGUAAGCGUAUUUACAUAAACGAGUAACAUUUUGCAUGAAUGCCUUCACAUUUUUUCAAUCUGUUUUGCCUGUUGAAGUGGCUAUUGAACGAAAAUUUUUACGUUGAAUUCUUAUUAGGCUUUCCAAAAACAGCACGCCGCACGCUUGUCUGCAUUUUGUUUGCAAUGCAGACAAGUAUUUGCAGACAGGUUUGAGAGCAGACAUUCUUAGUACAUAGUACUUUUGCAAGCACAGUGCAUAAAAACUACAAGGAAGGAAACAGCACCAGAACAGACUAAAUCCUAAUGAUUCAGACUAUUUUGCAGUAAGCAAGAAAGUAAGAAAAUGAAUUGAAAGGAACAUGUUUUUGUAAAAAUAUAGAUUGUGUUGGAAAAAAAAGGGGCGCCUGAGACAUUUCAUUACAAAGAAUAAAAGCCUCAUCAUUACAAAAGCACUUUGAAAAGUUCAAAUGUGCCCAAAACAAACCAACGUGAUUCAAAAAACGUACUGAGUGUUUGUUUAGACUACUUUUAGAAAAAGGCUAUGGGCUUAGCGAAUGUGGCAUUUGAAUGAUUGCGUAUACUGUCUUUUUAGCUUGGCAUGGAGGCUGAAGUUAGGUUUGGGGCAUCACUGCACGCUAUGGAAAGUGAGCUUCAUAAAAUCCGGGAAAAACUCAACAUGGACAGCUUUGUUGAUAUUGACUGCUAUCUGCGUCCUAAAAAAGCAGAAUUUGCUUUAAUAUCUGUGGUGAGUACCUAGGAGGAGACAUAAGCAACGUUAAUUCAUUGCAUUCAGGUGCCUAAUCCUUUCCGUAAUUAAAGUUUCUAAUCAUUAAAACACAUUAAAAUGACUUUGACACAUUAAAAGUACACAUUAAAAGGACUUUGACACCGAUAAGUUUCAUACUGAUAUUAGCUUAAAUAUUUUAAAACACCUUAAGGUAAACAGCCCUUUGCAGUACAUUAAGUGUUAUGGCAUAUGCAGCCUGCAAGAAAUGCAGUAAAUUUGACCUAAAUAACGAAUGCAUAACAAGUAACCUCCUUAGUCCUACUUUUUUCGCACAUUUUUUUGCAUGACCGAAUAUAUUUUAUUAUUUAAAGGGGUAAACGUUUAGAAAGGGCUCAAAACUGUGCUUGUUUAUAUUAAUGUGAAAAUGCUAAAAAACUUGCAUGAUAAUGAUGUACAUAGAGGUGAACUAAAUAAACUUUUCUUUAGGACCCACAUGAUGCCAGCAAGCUCCUUCCAGGGCCAUGUGUUGUCAUGGAACCGGGAGCCGAAAGAAUCUUAUGCAAGCAACAGACAGUUCAUCUUGUGCCUGGAUGUUCCGUUGAGCAUGCAUUAAUCCUAUGCUUGACUAUAUAUUUCGUACUAGAUGUCUCCUAUCCACAUGCAUUCGGACAGACCUUAGGGUUGCUACAAAGCAUACUGUUAAAGAGUGAAACAUUUCAGGAGUGCUUCAUGUCCCAAAAGCUGAAAGGUUUGUUGAAGCAGCUGAAAAGCUACCUGACAAAGACAAGGUAGAAGGCUAGCCAGGCUGCAAACUGAAUAUGUAGCUAGCUGACUGCUUCAGACAAGCUCUCUUAAUGUUUUUUAUGUUGCUUGGGUGAUAUGAGCAGCCAGUGCAUGCUGCUCAUUUGUAUUGGCAAUUGACAAAUCUGUAUAAGUAAAAACUCAUUGAACUGAAUACUAUAUGCCAAUACUUGAUUUACUUCUUGUUUAUUGUGGUUUUCCUGUUUAUUCCAACUGUCUUGAUGUUCUUGCUACACAGACUUCUGUAUAGUUGUGUACUAAUGUUUAUUCUUUAAGCUGGCCUUGUAUUAUAUAAAUAGUUGUUUGCACAUAACCGUGCUGCAGAAAGUGUUCUGUGGAAUAAAGUGUUCAAAAGUGUUUUCCAUCCUUGUUUACUUAUUCAGUACUGUCAGCCAGAAUAUCAGGCUUCGUUAGUACUGUACCUCUGUAAGUAGCAUUUCAUAAGGUUGAGUGCAUUCAGAAAUAGAAUUCAGCCUUCAGAUCAUGCCCACGUAAAGCAUUGGCGUCAGCUAUCGCGAUUGUAGUCUCACAGAUUGUGUAGCACUGCAAUUUCAUUUAAUAUGACAUGCAUCUACAAUAAAUCUUAGGCAUGACACCCGAAUGCAAAUGCUGCAGCCUUUACUGCGGCCAUUCUCAAGACUUCACAAAUUCUUUCAUUCAUUAUAUUGAGCACUCACUGAUAGCAUGGCUGUUUCCGUGCACAUGCACCUAAAAAUUUAUGUUGCCAUUUUUAGGCGCAAUGAAUAAAUGGGUGACUUACUGAUUGGUCAUCUCAUGCCACCAGCUUAUGUAGACCACAUUUGGCGUCAUUCACAUGUCUGGUAUAACUAAACUGAUAUGACAUUUAAAUUAGACAAGUCAGCAUUGACUACUAUAAAUUUGUUGUAUAGCUGAACUGUCAACUUCAAGACAAUUUUUAUUAUAAUAUAAAGGCAUUGCUUUAUAAAACAGUUGUUGCUUUACUGCAACGCUGCCCAGAUAUGUUUUCAUGAAACAAUUACAGGUAAAAUUAUAGAAAAUGUGUGCGAAACGUUCCAAACAGUAUGUGGAACAGUGCUAUGCAUAUCACUAAUGGAAUUACUGGAGCUAUGAUCCAGCUAAUAAACAAGUGGAACGCUGCUGCGCAUAGAACCCAAUAAAAAUAACCAAAACACUGUUCCAUAUAUUUUAUCUGGGGCGCAAGUUACA